AUGACCAGUCCUGUGUGUGGUCAAGGCUGGGUGCCAGAUCUCCUGACACUCAUGCUGGAUCUUGCCCUUUCCCAGGAGUGCACUGGAGUGGAUCAGUCAUUGACCUCUGUCCUCCCAUCUCCACAGGAGCCAUCCCUGGACCCCAAGCCCAUCCUGGAGCUGCCCCUGGAGACACUGGUCCAGAAGCUGCAGGAUGAAGAACUCAGUGUGGAGAGCGUCCUGUGUAGCUACUUAGAGGAGGCACUGAAGGUACACCAGGAGGUGAAUUGCCUGACGGAUUUCCUGGGUGAGUGUGAGGAGCAACUACAGGCACUGAAGAAGCUUAAGAAGACUGAGAGAGGCCUUCUUUAUGGGGUCCCUGUCAGCCUCAAGGACCCCUAUGACUGCAAGGGCCAUGAUUCUACAUGUGGUCUGACCCAGUUCCUGGAGAAGCCAGCGGCCAAGGACGGGGUCAUUGUGCAAGUGCUCAAGGCUCAAGGAGCUAUUCCCUUUGUUAAGACCAACAUCCCCCAGACAAUGUACAGUUUUGAUUGCAGCAACCCCAUCUAUGGACAGACUCUGAACCCUCUGAACUUAAAGAAGACACCAGGGGGCUCCUCAGGGGGUGAGGGAGCCCUGCUGGCAAAAGGAGGUUCCAUCCUGGGCAUGGGUACUGACACUGCUGGCAGCAUCCGCGUACCAGCCAGCUUUUGUGGUAUCUGUGGCCUCAGGACCACAGGAUACCGCCUCAGCUUCUCUGGAGUUUCCAGUGCUGUCAAAGGCAAGAAAUCAGUGACUAUAGUGGCUGGCCCCAUGGCCCGGGAUGUGGAGAGCCUGGCCCUGUGUCUGCGAGCCCUGCUAAGUGAAGACAUGCACCGACUGGACCCUACUGUGCCUUUUAUGCCCUUCAGGGAGGAGGUAUACUCCAGUAACCAGCGCCUUCGAAUUGGCUUCUGUGAAACAGAUGGCUUCACCCAGCCAUCUCCUAGCAUGGCCAGGGCUGUGAGGCUCACCUCCAGGCUGCUCCAGGAUGCGGGACAUCAGGUCAUCCCCUUCUCCAUCCCCCAUAUAAAGUAUGCUGUCAAACACCUGUUCGAGGGGGGUCUGUUUGCUGAUGGAGGGGCCACCCUUCUGGAGAAGCUUGAGGGGGACAUUGUGGACCCCUGCAUAAAGGGAAUGAUCAACUGGCUCCGCCUGCCAGACCUACUCAAGUGUUUCUUGGCCUGGAUCCUGAAGUACACAGUGAGUAUGGGACCAAGGUGGGGAGGGAUUCAGGAGGGGAGGAGCCCAGGGAGGAGAAGGACUCAGAGAGGAGGAUGGGGCCCAGAGAGGGGUCCCCCCAUGCUGACCUUUGGAAUUCUGAAUCUUCCUUAUUCCCCCAGGACUCCCAAGAAACUGUGGGAGCAGCACGCAGCAGUGCAGGAAUAUCAGCAAAAGUUCAUAGCCAAGUGGAGGUCCCUGGACCUGGACGUGCUGCUGAUGCCAGCUAUGGACCCCGCCUUCCAUAUAUGCUAUUCUGAGAUAGGAACAGAUAUUGCCUCCUACACGGGCCUGUACAACAUCCUGAACUUCCCUGCUGGUGUUGUGCCGGUCACCACUGUGACGCCGCAGGACGAGGAGGAACUGGCCUUCUACACGGGAUACUACGGAGAUAGUACCGACAAAAAUUUCCAGAGGGCGAUACAAGGAUCUGUGGGACUUCCUGUGGCUGUGCAGUGCAUUGCUCUUCCAUGGGAAGAGGAGCUGUGUCUCCGGUUCAUGAAAGAGGUGGAGACCCUGGCCAAGAGCCACAGUGGACCCAACGCUCCGGGGAAGCUGCAGUGCUUCCCGGCCUCCUCAUUCCUGCAGCCGCUGACUGUUGGCUACUCAUGGGUCAUGGUCAGCUUCUUCUCUGGGGAACAGCCUUCAGCUGCCUCACCCAAGGGAGUCAUUUAUCCGGAUCGACUAGCUCUCCUCAGUGCAAACAUUCGCAGGAGCAUUAACAAGCCUAAAACCCAAUUAGCCUUCAAUUACUCAGGCCUCAGCCAGAUUUUCUGUGAUGGGGACAGGGACCUCGCCAACACGGGCGGUGACCACGCGAUCCACACCAUCGGACUCGUCGUAUUGGUCACCAACAUCACUGACCAAUUUCGUGCUCCAGCUUCCCCGGCCCAAGGACGCGGCUGCGGGGUGGAAGGCGCCUGCCGGGCAGGGGCCUCGCCAGGCCCAGCCCGCCGACCCGCCGCGGGCCCCGCUCCUUCCCAGGCGCCCCCGCGCCGCCGGCGCUUUGAAGUCCCAAUCCGGCAAAUAGAGUCAAUCAAUUAUGAAGGGAACAAUCUGGCGGCCCCUCGGGGAGCGGCGGCCGAGCGAUCCCGGGGGAUUAGGCCGCAAAUCGCGCUGAGCCUCCCUAAGUGA